AUGUUGUGUGAUAUUUCCUUUGGGGAGCUUAUGACUGCAUCCCACAGGCACUAGGACCCUGCAGCUACCAGUCAUUAUCCGGCGGGCUCUAGGACCGCGCCGCUUCAGGUAUUUCCCCGUCAGGCCGCUCCACCCCGCCCCCUCCCCGUCAGUCUCCUCGCGCCCGCCGCACCGUGUGAGUGUCCCUGCGCCGUGACUCGCGCACUCAGCAUGGAGUACGAGUGGAAGCCGGACGAGCAGGGCCUCCAGCAGAUCCUGCAGCUGCUCAAGGAGUCGCAGUCACCUGACACAAACAUCCAGAGAUCAGUGCAGCAAAAAUUGGAGCAGCUCAACCAGUUCCCGGACUUCAACAACUAUUUGAUUUUUGUCCUCACGAAGUUAAAAUCUGAAGAUGAGCCUACCCGGUCUUUAAGUGGGUUGAUACUAAAAAAUAAUGUGAAGGCGCAUUUUCACAACUUUCCAAAUGGGGUUAGUGAUUUCAUCAAAAGCGAGUGCUUGAACAACAUUGGUGAUCCUUCUCCGUUGAUUCGGGCGACUGUAGGUAUCCUGAUUACAACAAUUGCUUCUAAAGGAGAGUUGCAGAAUUGGCCAGACCUCUUGCCAAAGUUGUGUAGCUUGUUGGAUUCUGAAGACUACAACACAUGUGAGGGUGCCUUUGGAGCCCUUCAGAAAAUUUGUGAAGAUUCAGCAGAAAUUUUAGACAGUGAUGCUCUGGAAAGACCUCUCAAUGUUAUGAUUCCAAAAUUUCUGCAGUUCUUCAAACAUAGUAGUCCAAAAAUAAGGUCCCAUGCUGUCGCUUGUGUGAACCAGUUCAUCAUUGGAAGAACGCAGGCUCUUAUGUUGCACAUAGAUUCCUUCAUAGAGAAUCUGUUUGCAUUAGCUACUGAUGAAGACCCCGAGGUCCGCAAAAAUGUUUGUCGAGCGCUUGUCAUGCUACUUGAAGUUCGAAUGGAUCGGUUGCUUCCUCACAUGCAUAACAUUGUAGAGUACAUGUUGCAGAGGACACAGGACCAAGAUGAAAACGUUGCUUUGGAAGCCUGUGAGUUUUGGCUGACGCUGGCAGAGCAACCGAUCUGCAAAGAGGUUUUGUGUCGGCAUCUCGCAAAAUUGAUACCCGUCCUUGUAAAUGGGAUGAAAUAUUCUGAAAUUGAUAUUAUCUUGCUUAAGGGUGAUGUUGAAGAUGAUGAAACUGUCCCAGACAAUGAGCAGGACAUUCGUCCCCGUUUCCAUAGAUCACGGACUGUGGCUCAGGCCCAUGAGGAAGAUGGAAUAGAGGAGGAUGACGAGGAUGAUGACGACCUUGACGAUGAUGAAACAAUAUCUGACUGGAAUAUAAGGAAGUGCUCUGCUGCAGCACUUGAUGUUCUUGCCAAUGUGUUUAGAGAUGAGCUUUUACCACACAUUUUGCCUCUCUUGAAAGAACUUCUUUUCCAUCCGGAAUGGGUAAUCAAGGAGUCUGGCAUUCUGGUUCUGGGAGCUAUUGCUGAAGGUUGCAUGCAAGGUAUGAUCCCAUACCUCCCCGAGCUCAUCCCUCACCUUAUACAGUGCCUAUCUGAUAAAAAGGCUCUUGUGCGCUCCAUUACAUGCUGGACCCUUAGCCGCUAUGCACAUUGGGUAGUUAGCCAACCCCCCGACAUGUAUUUGAAGCCAUUAAUGACGGAGCUGCUAAAACGCAUCUUAGAUGGCAACAAGCGAGUACAAGAAGCGGCUUGCAGUGCCUUUGCUACUCUUGAAGAGGAAGCUUGUACAGAACUUGUCCCCUAUUUGGCUUACAUUUUGGAUACUCUAGUCUUCGCUUUCAGUAAAUACCAGCAUAAAAACCUCCUCAUUCUUUAUGAUGCCAUAGGCACGUUGGCAGAUUCUGUAGGACACCACUUAAACAAGCCAGAGUAUAUUCAGAUGCUUAUGCCUCCGCUCAUCCAGAAAUGGAACGUGCUAAAGGAUGAGGACAAGGAUCUCUUCCCUUUACUUGAGUGCCUAUCUUCUGUCGCUACUGCACUUCAGUCUGGUUUCUUGCCAUACUGUGAACCUGUGUACCAGCGUUGUGUGAACCUGGUUCAAAAAACUCUUCAGCAAGCCAUGGUAAUAUCUAAUUUGCACAAUGCUCAGCCUGAUCAAUACGAGUCUCCGGAUAAAGAUUUCAUGAUUGUGGCUUUAGACUUACUAAGUGGAUUGGCUGAAGGGCUCGGUGGGAACAUUGAGCAGCUGGUGGCUCGUAGCAACAUCCUCAGUCUGAUGUAUCAGUGCAUGCAGGAUAAAAUGCCAGAGGUACGGCAGAGUUCGUUUGCUUUGUUGGGAGAUCUGACAAAAGCAUGUUUUCAGCACGUCAAAUCAUGUAUUGCUGAAUUUAUGCCAAUUUUAGGAACAAAUUUAAACCCUGAAUUAAUUUCUGUGUGUAACAAUGCAACGUGGGCGAUUGGGGAAAUUUCCAUCCAGAUGGGAAUUGAGAUGCAACCUUAUGUCCCAAUGGUAUUGCACCAACUUGUAGAAAUCAUUAACAGACCCAACACACCAAAGACUCUCUUAGAAAAUACAGCAAUAACAAUUGGUCGUCUUGGUUACGUUUGUCCUCAAGAGGUGGCCCCCAUGCUACAGCAGUUUAUAAGACCCUGGUGCACUUCGUUGAGGAAUAUCCGAGACAAUGAGGAGAAGGACUCUGCAUUCCGAGGAAUUUGUACGAUGAUCAGUGUUAAUCCUGGUGGAGUAGUACAGGAUUUUAUAUUUUUCUGUGAUGCUGUCGCAUCAUGGGUUAAUCCGAAGGAAGAUCUUCGAGACAUGUUUUGUAAGAUUCUUCAUGGAUUUAAAAAUCAAGUAGGGGAUGAAAAUUGGAGGCGUUUUGCAGAUCAGUUUCCUCUUCCCCUUAAGGAACGUCUCGCAGCUUACUAUGGAGUUUAACCUAGUUGUGCUAUAGCUGCAGUCUCAUCAUUAGGGGUCCUUCAGUCUGGGAGACAGCGGGGGAGCCUCUGCACCCAGGGAAAUGCUACCCUAUUACAGGGGGGAAGGGCAAACCAGUAGGGAACACAGUUCAAUCCCAAAGCCUACUGGGAGGGGCGGGAGGGAGGUGUUGCCGUCACUGUAUUAAGUCGAUGUUGGGAAACGUUUAAACGUCUGGAGCCUUUGUGGGUGGAAAUACGUCUCCUUUACAAUUCUGCACUGGAUGUGAAGAAGCGAACUAAGAAUAUAGUCUCCAAAACAGCACAUUCUGGUAUAUGGGGGAUUGUACUUAAGAGUACCUUUAUAAUUGAACUCUAGGGGGUUAAGUAAGAGGAAAAUCAUUUUUUGCACACAUAAAAGGAAAUAGUAAGGAAUGGGGAUUAUAGCAGUAAAUGGCAUUUAUUUUUAAGUAAAGGGUCGUCUAAAUCUCUCUCCCUUUAAUUGGGAGCUGUUGGUGUUGCAUGUUAAUGAAGACAAAUAGAUGAAGCCAGCGCAGUUACAAACACAGCUUACUAUGCGUGUUAAGAGCAGGUACUUAGACUACAGUUCAGAUGCUUAAUAUGCAUACGUGUAAUAUGACAUCAUAAUGCCAAAUUUUUUCUUUGUUUUGAGGAGGGAAAUGAACUGGUAAAGAAUAACUAUUUUUUUUUUUUAGUUUACUAGGAAUCGAACAGUAAUUUUUUUUUUUUUAAAUAAAUUGCUCAUUUCCUGAGCAUUAAUUUGCAGUCCCCUUUAGCAAAAACAAUCUGUUUUUAGACCAUAGCAUUUUGAUACAUUGCUAAAGAAACUGAAUAGCAUUGCCAUGCAGUGUACUGUUGGUUUUCGCUUGGCUUGAAAGGGAUAUGCAGUUCACUCCUUAACUAGCACGCUUGGAUCACGUAGUAAGAUGGGCAAAUGCUGACUGGUAUCCACCAUUUUUUUUUUUAAUUUAUUUUUUUCCCCGUUUACCAAUUAAAUGUAGCCCUGCAUUGGCGGUAUGUUUUUACGUUGUUUAGGAAUUUGUUUUUAAGAAAAAUAAGUGUAAUGCUACAAAGUACGGUUAAAAAUGUAAACUUUUGUUUGCCCGGAGUGGCGGUGGACUGUGUGAAACAUUGCAAGCCCUUUGGUGCUGAAAAGGGACUCUAGCAUCUGUUAAGAAAAAGCCGAUUAAUAUUGUAUUGUAACACAGCGUGGAAAGCUGGUGUACAUGUGCAAAGCUUUUUGCCUCUGUGCUGUCAGCGUGAUGUUCUUUCUGCAUGGUUAAAUACAAGUAAUAUUAUGAGAACCUCAGUUACAUAGAAUAAGAUCAGUUUAAGGGGAUGCAUUCAUGUUGGAACAAUUGAAAUUGUAGAAAUCAAGGUAAUUGCUAUAAUUCAGUGUUUAUUCCCUCUUCAACAUAUUAAGAUGUCUGUUUUUUUUCUCUUUUGUUCAAAGCAUGAUCACAAAACAUUAAUUAAAUAGAUGUGACCCAGGGUAUCUGCACUAUAUUGGCGCUUGUUGGUGGCCCUUUGUACCCUGAACAGACACCUUAGGGUGCGAGAUAAAAGCUACACAAUGAGUUUUUUUUUUUUAAUAAAA